CGCUCUGCGCGCUGCAACCCGGCCGUACUGAGAGUUCUGCCUAAAGACUGAGAACACAACCUGAGGAAACGUAUCGUCGGUUUACUAGUUGCAUUCUACAUGUGCAUGGAAUAACCAUACCUGAAUAAGGAAUCGGACACCAGGGAUUAUAACAAUUUGGGAUCAAGCGUCUCCAGGCGGAGCGGAGAGAGUGCACGGACAGCAGGACGCCUGACCCCCCCUCACCUCCGCGGGUACAGGCUGAGGAGCUCCGCCACUUUGGAGAAGAUCCACCCUGAGCUGUGGAGAAGAUGCAGCGGGGGACAGGGUCCUGUCUCCGGCUCCUGACCCUCACCCUGCUGUGGGUGUCAGUUCGCGGGUUCCCCACAACCUCCAGAGACAGAAACAGCUCAGCAUCCGCUCCUCAGGUGAAAGCAGAGCCUCAUGGCGGAGAUCUCCAGACUCUCCAGGAGCUCCAGCAGGAGAACCUGUUGCAGACCCUUCCCUCAGGUCCGUCCCUCCCCAGGCCCAGACACCGCUGGUCCCCAGGUGUCCUCCCCCUGCCUGAACCCAAGGAGGACUCUGAGACCUUUGUCCUGGACCUGAGGAACUUCCCAGAGCUGGCCAACGCCGACAUGAGCUCCCAGAACCCCAACAUCCAGGUGACCAUCGAGGUGGUAGGGGACUCACAGACGGAGACAGAGGUGGAGAUGGACCUGGUGAAAGGGGGGCAGCAUAACGACUGGUCGGUGUCCUCCUCAGAAUGGGCCAACAGCCACAAGAAGCUGUUCUGGCCGCUGUUCUGGGAGUACCCAGAUCAGCUGGAGAACGGGCUGGAAAAAUCCACUCAGGAAGAACAAUCUGAGGAAUACACCUACGACCCAGAGGAGCCCGUGUUGAGUGGAGUGGGCGGAGAAUGGGGCGGUCACUGGAACACAGGCUGGGAUGCAAAGGAUAACUAUGAGUACGAGGAGUGGAGUGACUGGGUUCCCUGCAGCGUCACAUGUGGAAACGGCACCCAGAAACGCACCCGCUCCUGUGGCUACGCAUGUACGGCCACGGAGUCACGCACGUGUGACUUGGAGGACUGUGCCAACACUGCAAUUUCAGUGACUGAUCCCACACCCAUCCAGAAGGACAACAGCACAGACUCCCUGGACACAAACGUGGACAGCUGUGAGAAGUGGCUCAGCUGUAAGAACGACUUCCUGGAGAAGUACCUGCACCAGAUGCUGACAGAGCUGCCCAGCUGCCCGUGCUCCUUCCCCUUAGAGGCCGUCUACAGCGCCGUCAACAUCCAGGACGGCUCACUCCGUAAGACCUAUCGCUGGAGGGACGCCAGCGGACCCAAAGAGCGCCUGGACAUCUACAAACCCUCCGCCAGAUUCUGCCUCCGCUCCAUGCUGUCAUACGAUAGCACCACGCUGGCCGCUCAGCACUGUUGCUACGACGAUCAAUUGAAACUGAUAACACGAGGGAAAGGAGCAGGAGCACCCAAUCUGAUCAGUACUGAGUUCUCACCAGAACUUCAUUAUAAGGUGGAUGUUCUACCCUGGAUCCUGUGCAAGGGAGACUGGAGUCUGUUUCACUCAGUGAGGCCGCCUAACAAUGGGCUGAGCUGUUUAGAGAACCCCACUGAACAGGUGUUCCAAACAGAACUUAAAGAGGCCAGGGAGUACUGAGAGUAUUGGAGUUAGAACAAGAAUGGACGAUAACAUGGAGACGUGAUGGAAAUCCAUCGUCUCCAUCCUGCACAAGCACAGAGAAACUGAAAUACAGCAUUUCUGUGACGAUACAUGAACUCUGCAAGCUGAAGGACUUUGGUGCAGUCACACUAAGAAGGGUCGAUACCAAAGACACAUUAAUGGUAUUUGGCAAUUAAAAUCCAAUUUCUCCUAACCAUUGUCUCCAUCCUGAACAAGCACAGCAAGACAGAACUGCAUAAAUACAACGUUUCUUCGGCCAUGAAUGAACUCAACCUCAUGGCCUCUAGCAUCAACUGACACUUGGCUGGUAAACUUGGUUUACUUUGGUAAAUGCAAAUGUUAUACAGUAAAGACAUUUAUAUAGGACACUUGUCGGCUCAUCCCUGGUUCUGUAUGUUGCUGUUACUGUAUUUGACCUUGUACACUAUCAGUGUGAGAGGAGGUAUUUAUUUAUUGGCCCCUGAACUAUUUUAAUCAGAAAAUCAUUCCUGUUUAGCUGGUAAGCAGCCAAUAAAGUCAAAUGGAACU